AUCACUGGGGCUUCACGUGGAAUAGGUCUCGAGUUCACCCGUCAAUUGAUUUCGGAUCCCAGUAAUCUCGUCAUAGCAUCAUGUCGGAAUCCUGAAACAGCAAGCAAUUUAUCUGCACUAAAGGAGACCAAUGCAAAGGGGCAGCUACACAUAGUUAAAUUAGACGUGUCGGUCGAAGAAGAGAUAUAAAAUGCAGCAGAAGAGACGAAAGCGAUCCUAGGAGCCAGAGGCCUGGAUUAUCUCCUCAAUAACGCGGGAGUCAAUCCCGGCGACGACGGAGCAUUUGAUUUUGAUGUGGCCGACUUUUCAUUUGCCAUGCAGAAUAAUGUGAUUGCGCCUGCUCUUGUGGCGAGGAGUUUUCUACCUCUCCUGAAAAGAGGGAGUAGAAGGGUCGUGAUGAACAUGACAAGCGGACUUGGGAGUAUUGGCCUAGAUUGCGGGAGAAAGUGCUGUGCGUAUUCAAUAUCGAAAGCGGGUCUGAACAUGCUCACGUACAAGCAAGCAAAAGAAGAUCCGGAAAUCAUUGCCAUUUGCGUGGACCCGGGCUGGGUAAAGACGAGUAAGUACUGCACUAGAUUUGAUUGAGCAAUAGCCGUCUCGUAACGCCUAACACUUUCCAUAGAGUUAGGAGGAGACGGAGCUGUUCUCGAACCCGCAGAAAGUGUGACGCCAUUCAUUCAAUUCUUGAAGGAGCUGACGAAGGGGCAUUCCGGGAAGUUUUUCAAUUACAAAGGCAGUCAGUUGCCUUGGUGAAUUCGCGAUUGGCAGUGAAUUGUAGUUAGAAGUAGCUACAAGUUGAUGAUGUGGCUGAUGACAGCGGGUUGGCUUCGGGGAAAAGCAGUUGAUUACAUAAUUAGAAUCUUAGUCAUCAGUCAACCAACGCGUAAACUCUGAUGACACGGUCACGUUCACUAGCGCCUCUCCGUACUCCUCCAUUCCGACUUUCAACCUUUGAAUUUCAUCCACCAGCAUCUUUAAUUAAUGGCAACAACCAGAACGAAAAGGGUCCUCUUGAGUCGAUCAAAUGAUGUGGACAGAUUAGCAUCAAAGCUCGGCUCGAGGCUGAAGAUCUCAGACGUUCCGAACAAGGGCUCGGGCACGCAAGCACGAAAAGGAACGAGUUCGAAAGCGAUUUCCACACCGGAGGAAAGUAAAGUGGCGGCGAUGAAGAGCGUCAACACCGUGCUGCAGAGCUUAGCAUCUUUGCCGGCUGGUAAAGGGAUUUCAUCACGCUCAACUGUUUCAUCUACCGUUGCCUCUGGACGGGCUGCCCUGAACAUAUUGAGGAAUCUCAAUCCAGGUCUUAUUGAUACCGAACGAGCAGCGCUUAGCAUGGUUGGCAAGCUUCUGGCGCACAACGCAUACGAAACCUCGGCCACUAUAUUGAGUGAGAUACAACGUCACCUUCCAACGUUUUAUGACCACGAGGUUACUCCAACAUCGCUCCAGGCGCCAAUAUCUCUUCUUCAUCUCCCACUUCCUAUCUCGUCUCUGGACCCACCAAUUCAGGCAUGUGUCCAGACAUACUUUUCCCAUGCCUUUUCCGUUUGUGCUCAGACAGUGUCGACACGAGCCGAUUGCUUUGAAGCGUACUGCGAUGCCCUAGAUGGACCAUCUUCGUUGCAUUCAUGGGUUAGAUUCCUUACGGCAGUACCUCCCAAAUCGCUUGAUGGUCUUUUCAGACGGGCGUAUAUUGCGCUCACAACUUCGUUUGCAUCUCCCCCCAACCCACAAUUAAAUGUUCUGAAAAUACGUUUCUAUGCGCUACGAAUUCUUCUGCUCUCAAACGAACUCGACUUGACGCCAUUCUGGGAACAGUGCAUCAAAUAUGCGACAUCGUACGCUCGUAAUAUGGAUGGAAAUGAGGAGGAAGACAAGAAAAUAAUGGCUCUGUUGACGUGUUUCGCAAACAUAGCGAAUGCAGCCGACGGUCGUCGAGAGGGUAAGGGGUGGCUCGCGUUCUGCGAAUAUUGGCUGGCACUUGCGAGACGAGUACGUCUAAUUGUGAAAAUUGACUUCCUAAAUUGUGCUAAUAGUCCAGUUAAGGCCAAGGACAUGCGUUCACUCAAUCUCAUCACAGAAUACAUAAGCAGCGCUGCCUCCUCAUCAAGUGAUACGUCUCACUCGAUCACUCGGGCUUGCGCAACUCUGACGAAGGUGGCGGCACUUCUGGAUCAAAAUGGAGACAUCGAUGAACAGCGGCUUUCUACUAUGACCGACGGAGCAAUUUCCGACCUCCGUACUGUCCAAUCGCAACCAACCGAUGCAAUACGAGAUGGCAAAUUGCUGCGAGUAGUCGAGAGAUGCCGUAGAGCUUGCCUGAAAACGUUGUCUCGACCCGAAUCCGGCGCGUCUGAGAGAGGCUGUAUCAUUCGAUUAAUCGACGCUUUCGUCACCUUUCUAGAACACAUGUCAGUUGUCUUGACGACAGGAGCCGAACGUACAGACGCGGUUGUCUCCUCGCUCGAUACUCUUUUUCAGCUUGCGACUUCUGUUUUCGAUUGUAGGCGAGCGGAGACAUGCGACACGGCAUACGACUACCUGAUUCGCGGCUUACAACUAACUGAGCGAACUCUACCACACGCUUCCAAAGAUAAACGACCGGCUGCAAAUUACUUGCGGUGCCUUUCAGGUGCAUUCGCAAACCUUGCUGGUUCAUUGUACAAGGAAGAGCGUCAUGGCAUUGCGAUUCGUUUCCUCACACAAGCGUGUCCACUCUCAUCGCGUGCAACCGAGUAUUUCUCCGAGAGCAGUCCGGUGGAUACUACAGCUGGAUCAGAAAAAGAUCAAGGUGCAUGGUCAACCCAUAGGACUCAAGUAUAUAGGCGCUGGGAGUUGCUCGGUGUAUGCUACGCAAAGACUGGUGACCGCAGACUUGCAUUUGACGCAUUUGUGCAGGGUGUUGUUACCUAUCCCUUCGAGAACGAAGACCCAUCAUGGGAUUUCGAACUACCUCCUUCACUUGCAAACGCAGUAGACCGUCUCACACAUCUUGCAGUCGUCGAUUUGCGACUUGCUCCUGCCGAGGCGUCCCUUCUGGUACCACUGCGUGCUAGUGGUGUACUGCCUUCUAUCCUUGGAUCUAUACUGCUUCGCCAAGCAUGCUCACUCCCAGAGCGUUCAAAACCCCUCGUUCGUGCAGCUGUCACCCACUUUCUCGCCGAAGCCUUGGAUGUUUAUGACACAGUGCGAUUUCCCUUGCGUCGCACACAGACCCUUGCACUUGUACUAGAGCAUUCUUACUAUGGUUCGGAGAAAGAUUCGGACAUGGAUGGGCUUCGCAUUCAGGACAUGAUCCGGGGAACAGAAAAGUUGCUCUCAGAAAAGGCGAAAGUGGGCGAAGACGGCGCGUUCGUCCAUCUUCGACGGUAUUACCGAGUCAAAAUAUCGUUGUGGGCUGUUCUGCAUGCACACCGAAUAGGAGAAUCCGCGGAAGCUGUUACUCGGCAUGCGCAGAACGCAUUGGAUGCUAUGAAGACACUCACUGUUGAGCCUGUUGGAACAACUAGCACGAAGGAGAGAGCUGCGGAUCGGAGUCGAAAGACAACAGCUACGCGUGUGCGAGCUAGAUCAAAGUCGAGUACUGCGCAGCGUAAUGCUGGAGCCGCCGCAAAUCAAAGCACGAGAUCGAACACUGCGCGUCGAUCUCCAAAAACACCAUAUGACGCCAAUGACACAGCUAUAAGAACAUCACCCAGUCCUCAUAAUGCCAAGCAUGAACUGACUGCUUCAGAACGGACCUCUCUCGCUGAACUAAUAAUAAUGGUCGCAGAAUUGUCACACAUCACUGGAUUCACUCUUGAGAGGUUGCAAUUAUUAGGCUAUUUGCGUCUUCUUUUUGAAAAAGCUGGAGAGACUACUAGCGAAAGCUUCCUUUUUAUCUCAUCACUGAUAGCAUACGAUUUAUUGAGGCUCGGCAAGCUAACUCUUGCAUCAAAAAUCCUCGCGCCCAUCGCUGAGGAGUUGUGCGAAGCAAAACCGAUUCCAUCUGCUGUCCUCAUACUUCUCCGAUACGCAGAGGUAUUGGCCAUCAGCGGAGAAAUUCCUGAAAGCAUAACUAUGUAUGAGAAAGCACAUCAGUUAUGUAUGGACCUGCCAGCAGAGGACGAUGGAAGAGGUGUUUCAACCCUUUCUCGCAUACGUGCACGAGCUGUUUUGUUAGAACGAGUUGCUGCGGCGUCAAGUGUAUUUGCGGUCAUCUUGGAAGCUAAGAAUGAACCUGAAAAUUCUCUCAAGUCUCUUUUGCAAUCACUUCGACUGCUCAAUAGAGCUACGGAGACACUGGCGAGGCUACAUCCGUCACAAAAGCCCGAUAACUUAUCGGACCCUUUCGCAAUGUCGGAGGUUAAAACUGCAUUGCCUGACACCGUUAACAUAGAAGACAAGAAGCUAACUGCGGUCAGACUUCCACAGCCGCAGGUACAACUAGACGCUCUAGAGUGGCGCAUAGCAAAUGCACUGCUGCAAACUCAGCUUGCCUUGGUUCAUUCGUAUGCCUUACGAGGUUCAGUGCGCGAAUCUGAGUAUUUCGAGCAACAGGCCGAAGAGUUUGCGCGGACUUUGGGCGGCUCUGCUAUGACGGCACGAGCCCUUAUCCAGAAAGCGGAACUACAAUUAACCAUGGGAAGCUUAGAUGAUGUUCAAAAGUCGUUUGAAGAAGCAAAACACUUACUUGAAGACCGGACGGACCUGGAGAAGGUCGAUUUGCACCGUGCUGUCGGCGAUCAUCUGAUUCUGCACGCCAAGGAGUCAGACGCAGACAGUGAAUUCACUCAAGCAGUAAAUUUACUGGCAGAAACAAAACAAACAUUUGAAGCCGUCGACGAGAUCGCUCUGAGAACCGCAAAAUCAGAUGCUGAGAAGAUCUUUGCUCCGGUUUUACAAGCAAAAAUCCUCAGACAGCAAGUUUGGUUGCUGCGCGAUACCAUUGGAGAGACAUAUGAACAGCUUCUUGAAGAGUUGUAUGCACUUCCGCAACUGGCCCACGUGGAAGUCCAUGUCAAUCCCUUCCUUGGUCGUUUAGCGCUGUAUGAUAUCCACGAACGAUUCCGUGCCGAGAUGUCUCUAGGCUCGCUGGCAGAAUCAACCAUCGCGUUACCGAUGGGUAUGACUUGCGAGAAAUCGUUGCUUCAAGCACCACCUCAAGAUAUCGUAGAUGCCCUUCAACAGGCAGACGAACAUUAUAUCUCAGAUCUUUCACGGUUCUCAGGACGAGGCUUCGUAUACGACGUGCGCGCAACAGCGAUCGCGGCAGCUCGGAUUAGUAUCUACGAAGCAUCGUUGGGCAUCGCUUUUGAAGACAGUCCUGCCUUCGCUUCUCGUCUUCUAGGCAAGUUUCUUUCAGAGCUGAUUGACGCGAUCCCCUACAAGUUUCCCGAUCCUAUGAAUCAGGACGAUAUGCGUUGGCCUUCUGAAUCACCGACAACAUCUCGACGUCGCUGCGCAAACCCCAAGGGCAGGGGAAUAUUCGAUGAUUUGUCGGACGAAGACGAUGAAGAAUCAGUUGACGAUAACAGAUUACGGCAGUAUUGGGAUUAUGUUCUGAAAAGGCACAAGUCUGCGGAAUUCAUACAAUCUGGAUGCUCCACCUCCGACAUCGAUGCGUUACCAAGCAACUGGAUGGUUAUCACAAUCUCGCUUACAGAUGACAAAGGAGCUCUUCUGAUUUCUCGGCAGAGGCCCCAUUAUAAACCGAUGGUGUUCUGCGUACCGCUUAAAGGUCGACAUGAGGAUGAUGAGGAUGGGCAUUUCACAUUCGAAGAUGCUAUGACUGAGCUUAAAGACAUUAUCAGAUUGAAAGAUGAAGGGGUGAAAGGAGUGACGCAAAUUAAGUCGGAUGAUAAGGAGGCGAAAAUAGCUUGGUGGGAGUCGCGAAGAGAGCUGGAUCAGAGGAUGAAGGACUUUGUUGAGAAUAUUGAGUUUUGUUGGCUUGGUGCCUUCAAGACGAUCUUGAGCCAACCAACGCGUAUACCACCUGAUGCGAUCACUAGUUUCCGGACACGUCUAGAAAAGGUCUUCAAAGGCAUCCUAGGCUCGCACGAAAAGAAGAGUAAAAAAGCCAAAUUACGACUCGAGACGAGCCUACUCGAGCUCUUCGCAGCACUUCCACCGACGUGCAAGGACGAGGAACUUCAGGACUUGGUAUACUUCGUUCUUGAUCUCUAUCAUUUUCAUGGCUUGCCAGUGGCCCUCGCGGAGAUUGACAUGGAUGUCGUUGUUGUUGAUUUACGUUCCGCCCUCGAGGAGUUCCAUGCAAAAAAUGGGAAGUAUGUCAGCCCGGAAGAAGACGCGCACACGUUCCUUGUACUGGACAAGAACUUGCAAGCUAUUCCUUGGGAGUCAAUACCGGUCUUACGGGGGCGUAAUGUGAGCCGCGUGCCCAGCGUUGCAUUUAUAUUGGAUAGGCUGGCACUUGCUAGGAGCCAACGCGGACUGCCCUUGGACUCUUCGGAAAACUCUGACGAUGAAGAAGAUGAAAAGAUCGACCGGAUACAAGUCAACCCGUCGAAAGGCUACUAUGUGCUCAACCCUAGUGGUGAUCUCGCUGGGACUGAAGGGCGCUUUAGGUCGUGGGCGAAAGACCUUCGGAAAGUCGGCUGGGAUGGUAUCAUUGGACAGAUACCCAGUGAACAGCAAUUUCUUAAUGCACUGUCUCGGAAGGACUUAGUUGUAUAUUUCGGACACGGUGGUGCAGAACAAUACGCGCGUUCUCACAAAAUAAGACAUCUCCAGCGUUGUGCAGCUACGAUGCUUUGGGGUUGUUCGUCUGGUGCGUUGCACGACAUGGGUGAAUUCGAUCGUAUAGGGACGCCGAAUAACUAUAUGUUGGCUGGGUGUCCUUCGUUGGUUGCGAACCUGUGGGAUGUGACGGAUCGUGAUAUUGAUAAGUUUGCGCAGUCGGUGUUUAAUAAGCUAAGGCUGGAUCCUUCAGGAGUUAAAGCCUGGAAAGAGGGAGAGCGUGGAGGACAGAAUGGGAAGAUGAUGUCUGUUGUGGCUGCUGUUGCGCAGAGUAGGGAUAUGUGUAAGUUGAAAUAUUUGACUGGGGCGGCGGUCGUUGUCUAUGGUAUACCGUAUUAUCUUUAA